AUGCCUUGCAGUAGACGGCAGAACCAUCGCGAUCGACGCCCUGACUAUCAGCGUCACCGCCCACAGCGUCAGGACAACGUCAGAGAGACUGAGAACCAGGGCAGUGUCGCCAUCUCGGAUCAUGCCUCGCACGGGUGUGAACUCCGAGAGUACACCACCGACCAGGGGCCGAUUUUGGAGUUGGCCAACCUUAACCCAAAUAUGUCGCAGAACCGGUUCUAUUCUCCAACUCCUAGAGGCGGAGUUUGGGGAGUAAGCGAAGAGGAAGCGGAUAUCCUGUUCCAUUUUCGGCAGAUGAAGAUGCGCCGUCCAGGAAGGGAGAUCAUUCAUCAGUUCCCCUACCGAGACGACGAGGCGGUUUCGAAAGCCAAGCAAGAUGGCUGUCCUGUUCGCGUCACAGCAAACAAUGGCCGACGUCCCGAAGAUGACGUGGAUCGUGGGCUUGCCAGAGACAUGGUGGAACACAGAGCUUCACCUCCUGAGGAACACGCCAUCAGAAUGGGGAGAUCUUCACGACCAGUGACCCAGCGUCCGGCGUUCAGCGCUCCUCAGGCUGGCCAGCCUCCUCAUCGACAGCAACGUUUGCAGCCUCACACUCCUCUGCGCCAGGUCAAAAAGGAGGAACCGGAGUAG